UUCACGGCGAACGAUAAAAGUGAAGUUCAGUGUUAUCAGCAUCUUAUACGCGCACUAGUCGUAAUCAAAGAUAUCUUUUAUCUCAAUUCACUUCGAGGAAAGCCGACUGGCUCAUCACAGCCCGCGUUCGUUUUAUCGUUGAAAAUAGCGCGCGAAAAUUACACAUCGAACGUUAAUUUCCAUCUUUGCGAGCCGGAAUGCACGGAAUACGCUUGGUCGACUGGGCGGUUAGGCUGCAACGAAGAUUCAACAUGCCGACAAUCCAUCGGCGAUCGUUCGCCGGCCGUAACUCGCUCAUCUACGGAGCAGACGUUAUGACAGCUCAGAAGAAUGGAUCGCCGAUCGUGGCACUGGAGUCGACGAUCAUCACGCAUGGCAUGCCGUACCCGGAUAACUUGAACACUGCGCUGCGAGUUGAGGACGCGGUUAAAAAGCAAGGUGCAAUACCUGCAACAAUAGGAAUUAUAGAAGGAAAAGUAUACAUUGGCUUGAACAAGAAACAAUUAGAGGUUUUGUCCAAAGCAGAUCCUGCCAAGACUAUAAAAUGUUCACGCAGGGAUAUAUCAACCAUUGUAUCACAUACACUGAAUGGUGGUACAACUGUCAGCGCCACAAUGCUAAUUGCACAUAUAGCGGAUAUCCCAAUCAUGGCAACAGGUGGCAUUGGAGGUGUUCAUAGAGGAGCUGAACUAACUUUUGAUGUCAGUACAGAUUUAACUGAACUGGGACGUACUCCAGUAGCAGUUGUUUGUUCCGGUGUAAAGUCCAUCUUAGAUAUUGAGAAAACUUUGGAGUAUUUGGAAACUCAAGGGGUGCCGGUGGUGAAGAUUGGAGAGACAUCAGACUUCCCAGCAUUUUACUGCACGAAGACUUUGGACGAGGUGAAAGCGCCGUGCAGAGUCUUCAAUGCUAAGGAAGCUGCCGAUGUCAUGGAAGCGCAAAGAGCAUUGGGUAUUGGCAGCGGAAUCUUAUUCGCGGUGCCUAUUCCGGAUGAACACGCGUUGGACCCAGCAGUCAUGAGUACCGCCAUACGCGAGGCCUUGAAGAAAGCCAGCGACGCAUGCAUAACCGGCAAACAAGUUACGCCGUUUCUUCUGAAAGAAAUCAAUGAGAUCACACGUGGCCGCUCUUUGGAAGCGAAUAUAGCCCUCGUGGAAAAUAACGCUAAGGUCGCGGCCGAGAUCGCCUGGAGUCUUUGCCAGAGGACGUCUCAGGGUGCACUGAAUAUGGCACCCAGCGCGUCAGCGCGAUCGAUCACAUCCAGGCAAAAACCGGUAAUAGUUGGCGCCGCCGUUCUCGACACUGUGCUACAAGUGAAGGAGCCCGAAAUAAGCAACGACGGCGGAACGUACAACGGGCAAACCAGACGUAAUUGCGGGGGAGUCGGCCGGAACGUCGCCGAGGCGCUGAUUAAGCUCGGCUUGGCAAACACGCGAUUUAUAUCCGUCGUGGGUGACGAUGAGCACGGAAAAACGAUAAUCGAUAGCCUGGGAACCGGAGCAGAGACGCUGAAACGACUACCGGACGUAAACACUGCGAAGUUCACGGUGAUACUAAAUGGCAAAGGGGAGUGUAUCUUCUGUAUCAGCGAGAUUGAAUCCUUCGAAGCGAUCGUGCCGGAGCUGAUACGAGAAUGCCGCUCGCACCUAGAAGAAGCUAGUCUCCUUGUCCUCGAUGCCAAUCUUCCGAUUGACACCAUGCGUUACGUGCUAGACGUCGCGUCGGAAGCCAACGUGCCAGUUUGGUAUGAACCCACGGAUAUCCAGAAAGCAGCGAAAAUAUUCGAGGUUGGUCGACAAUGGCAAAAUGUGCUGCACUUCAUCUCGCCCAACCUGUACGAGCUAAGAGUCAUCAGCAGAUUCUUCGACAUUCCCGUCAUCAAAAACACGAACUGGGAAACUGAGGCGAGGCUCAUGGCCGGCAAGUUAAGCGAACACAUUCCAGUCAUCAUCACCACUCUGGGACCGCAGGGAGUGCUGGUAACACGCGGGGCAUCAGAACACGAGCCCUUCUACGACAAAGACGGGAAGCUGGUCGUCAAUUCCCCGAUUGUAUCUCGAUUGUAUUCCAUCGAGAAGAGCGCGACAGAAUCGGACGAGGUGAUCAAUGUGAGCGGCUGCGGGGACUGUCUCACUGCUGGAGUAAUUUACGGGAUUCAUCGGGAUCUAAAUGAAAGCAAUUGCAUUUCCAUAGCUCUGAAAGCUGCUGCGCUUUCUCUGAAGUCUUUCGACACAGUCCCAUCGACACUCAAGGUGCUCUCCAUCAAUGGCAAGAAGUCUCAGCUCGGUUAAUGGAGCAGAAUUUUUUUAUUUUUGAUAUUUUAACAAAUUUGAAGUGAAAUGUCUUCGACUCCUCUCUAGAAAUAAAAUGGCACUAUGACUCUACUA